AUGGCUACUCUGAAAAUCUCUUCUUCUCUUUUCAUAUCUUUCCUUUUAACAAUCUGUCUCUUCGUAAUCCCAUCUCUCUCAUCUGAUUCAGACCCUUUACAAGACUUCUGCGUUGGUGAUCUCAAAGCUUCUCCUUCCAUCAAUGGCUUCCCUUGCAAAUCAGGCGUCUCGGCUUCUGACUUCUUCUUCUCCGGUUUAGGCGGUCCCUUAAACACCUCGAACUCCAACGGUGUAACAGUCGCUCCCGCCAACGUCUUAACCUUCCCGGGUCUAAACACUUUAGGAAUCGCGAUGAACAACGUUGAAUUCGCUCCAGGCGGUGUGAAUCCGCCUCACUCGCACCCGCGUGCAACCGAAGCAGGAGUUGUGAUCGAAGGCUCGGUCUACGUCGGGUUCUUGACAACGAACAACACUUUGUUCUCAAAGGUUAUCAAUGCAGGAGAGAUGUUUGUUGUCCCUAGAGGAUUGGUUCAUUUCCAAUGGAACGUUGGCAAAGUGAAAGCGCGUUUGAUUACCGCUUUUAACAGUCAGCUUCCAGGAGCGGCGGUUCUACCGAUUACUCUGUUUGGUUCGUUCCCAGAGAUUCCAAACGCUGUUUUGACUAAAGCGUUUAGAACUGAUGAUGCAACUGUGGACAAGCUCAAGUUCAACUUUGCUGUUUGA